CUUUCAUUUUCAACUUCUAAUUUCGAAAAAAGUAAUUUCAUGGCCAUAAGGGUCUAAAAUAAUUGAGAAUGUAUAUUUAGGUGAAAUCCACAGACGCGCUUUACCAUUGCCAAAUUGAGAAUUCAUUUCACACACAGAUCUUCUUAUUCACUUCAUCAUCUCUCGUAUAAUAAUGUACAUAUAGGUCUGCGUUGAUUCAAAAAUUGGACUCGCUAAAGGUGAUUAACCAUUCAAAUGGCUCGCCUACAUUCAGUAUUUAUACUGAUCUUGUCGUUAUCGUUGAUCCAAGGCCUUUUCGUUCACUCUAAAACCCUUAAGCGUGACGUGAAAGCUUUGAAUGAAAUUAAGGCAUCUCUUGGAUGGAGAGUGGUAUAUGCAUGGGUUGGAGAUGAUCCUUGUGGAGAUGGUGAUUUACCUCCAUGGUCAGGUGUUACAUGUUCCACACAGGGUGAUUAUAGAGUAGUUACUGAAUUGGAAGUUUAUGCUGUUUCAAUUGUUGGUCCAUUUCCUACUGCCGUCACUAAUUUAUUGGAUCUCACUAGACUGGAUCUGCAUAAUAACAAGCUGACCGGCCCUCUUCCUUCCCAAAUUGGGCGUUUGAAGCGUCUUAAAAUAUUAAAUGUUAGGUGGAAUAAGCUGCAAGAUGUCAUUCCACCUGAAAUAGGUGAACUAAAGCAGUUAACACAUCUCUACCUAAGUUUUAAUAAUUUCAAAGGGGAAAUACCUAAGGAGCUUGCUAAUCUUCCUGAACUUCGUUAUCUCCAUCUACAUGAAAAUCAUUUUACUGGACGAAUUCCACCUGAACUGGGUACCUUACAGCAUCUUCGACACCUGGAUGUUGGUAACAAUCGUUUGGUUGGAACUAUAAGAGAACUCAUACGUAUUGAAGGAUGCUUUCCACUUCUCCGCAACCUAUACUUGAAUAAUAAUUAUCUUACUGGAGGUGUUCCCGCACAACUUGCAAAUUUGACGAACUUGGAGAUCUUAUAUCUAUCCUACAAUAGGAUGACAGGAGUUAUACCAUAUAGCAUUGCUCAUAUUCCCAAGUUAACUUAUUUGUAUCUCGAUCACAACCAGUUUUCUGGGAGGAUUCCAGAUGCCUUCUACAAGCACCCUUUCUUAAAGGAAAUGUACAUUGAAGAGAACGCGUUCCGGCCUGGUGUAAAACCAAUCGGACUGCACAAAGUGCUAGAACUUUCGGACGCAGAUUUCCUUGUUUAGAAAAAUACAACUCCUGUUAUUUAUUCAGGAGCAAGUGUUAUCAAAAGCAGCAGCCGAUCCCAAUUCCGUCAAAUGUCUUUUCUUUAGUUGCCACAUGAGCAAAGGUUCCAUCUUUUUUGUGUAAAGAAGCAUUCAGCCAAACUUUGUUUCUGUUGCUGUAGUUAAUAGUACUACGUUAUGAAUCAUUAAGUUAUUGUGGCAUGCGCCUCAAUCAGCUAUAUCACUUGCCUUGAAUUCUUGCA